AUGGGUGACGCUACCACAACCGAAACGAAACCGGCCACGCCGCCAGAAUGGCUCAACAACGGCUAUUUGGAAACGGUUCUACGCAAAUCGGAAGGUGAUCGAGAUUUGCACGUUGUCAGUGUCGAGAGUACACCGGUCGGAAAACCGGGUGAAUACCUGGCUAGUCAACUGUUUCGUCUAACCGUGCAGUACGAGGGUGCUAAGCAGAAUGGUGUCAAACGAUUGGUGGUAAAAUUACUGCCCGAAAAGGGAGUUAUAGCCGAGUCGAUGGAUUCGAAUUUGUUUAAAACGGAGCUUAAAAUGUAUGGCGAAUUUUUGCCCAAAAUGGAACGCAUUUUGGAGGACAAUGAACGUCCGGUACAGCUUCCCAAGUGUGUUCACGUUAGUGCAGUGCCACAUCCGACCAUCAUACUGGAAGAUCUCACACCCGCAGGUUGGAAGGGACACGAUCUGAUCGAAAGUUUCGAAGAAGCGAAACCGGUCACGAUCGCGAUCGCCCGGUUCCAUGCGGCUUCGUUCUAUCUGAGCAAAAAUAAGACCGAUUUUGAAAGUUUCCAAACGGAUGUGUUCGAGAAAAAACACCCAGUGCUUGACUGGAUGUUUGGUAAAAAUUUGACAGCUUUCAUUGAGGCGCUGCGAACCUGGGACGGUUGCGAACAGUUUGUAGUACCGUUCGAGCGUGUCGCUGCCGACUAUUGCGAUCGGUUGCACAACAUCUACAGCUGCAAAACACCGGGCCGGGUAUACAAUGUGCUGAACCAUGGAGAUUUUCAUGCGAAAAAUCUGCUCCAUCACUUCAACGAUGAGGGUGCAAUUGUUGAUACGCGUUUCCUCGAUUUCCAAGCCUCCUGUUGGUCGACACCGGCAAUCGAUCUCUACUACCUGCUGAACAACAUCGUACAUUACAAGGUGAAGGCCGCACAUAAGGACGAUCUGAUUUCCUUCUACCAUGCUGAGUUUGUUGGUACACUGAAAGCGCUCGGAUAUCUAGGCUACAUCCCGACAAUGCUCGAUCUCCAGAUCGAGCUGCUGCGAAACGGAUUCCUUGAUAUUCUACACUACACCUGUUUCCUGCAGUUCAGAUUUUUCGAUUUCAGUAAAAUUCCCCCAGAAAAGCUUGCCAGUGGAGAGGUGGGCAAUUUGGGACUGGAAAGUGAAGACUAUCAAGCGCUUAUGAAAUCGCUCUUGCCCACCUACUUGCACAAGGGACUCCUGGAAUAG